UAUAUAAAGUCAAACAAACUACACAAACACUCAGUUCAAUUGAGUUAAUUGAGUUAUUUGAUCAAGAUUAGAUUGAAAAGUGCACAUUAGUCUUAGUUCUAUUGAUUAUAUCAUCAAGAAAACUCCCUGUAACAAAAAAAAAACUCCCUGUAAAAAUGUCGAAGCAAGCAAUAUAUGUGAAGCCCGAUAUCAAAGAAUAUGAGCAUUUGUCUGAGAAAGAGCGAAUGAUAGCCGGUUAUCCAUAUCACCCAGGUGAUGAAGUGCUUUGUAAUGAGAGAACGAAGGCAAGAGAACUCAUCAGAAAGUACAACGAUAGUGUGGUUGGUGAUAAGAAAGGGCGACGAGAAAUUCUGGACGAACUUUUGAAUCCAGCAUGCCGUGGCAAGAAAGUAUUUCUCGAGCCACCGUUCCGUGUUGACUACGGUUAUAAUCUGACACUCGGAAACAAUUUUGAAGCCAAUUUUGAUUGUGUGUUUUUGGACUGUGCACCAAUAACGAUUGGUGAAAAUUGUUUGAUGGCGCCAGGUGUUCACAUUUAUGCAGCGACGCAUCCACUUUCUCCAAAGUAUCGUAAGAGCGGUAAAGAAUACUAUGAAUUGGCGUAUCCAGUGAAAAUUGGAGACAACGUUUGGAUUGGUGGCAAAGCAAUCAUUUGCCCUGGCGUCACAAUUGGCGAUAAUUCAAUAAUUGGAGCAGGAGCUGUCGUUGUGAAAGAUGUUCCAUCAAAUGUCGUUGUGGCUGGCAAUCCGGCAAAAAUUAUUCGCACUAUUGAUAUUGAAGAAUAAUAUGUAUAUUAUGAGAAUUGUCCGAAUGAACAUUUUUAUUUCAUCAAUGGAAUAAAAAUAAAUUAUUCAGUAUUUUUGAAAUUGCUAAAA